UGCAAGCACGGGCGGGCGGCGGGCGGGCCACAGGAGCAGGCUUGGCCUCUGCGGAGCCGCCCCCUGGCCCUAGUGUCUGGCCACACACUGCCCACUCUGCACCGUCCCGGCUCCAGACUCUUUGCAGCCCAUACCGAGUGUGCCGCGCGGCCAUCCGAGCUGGGACGCCGGCCCCAGCGCCCCGCAGGCGGGCGGUGGUGGAUGCGCGGGCGGGCGGAAGCCCACAGUAUGGAUUCAGAUUCUGGAGAGCAGAGCGAGGGCGAGCCUGUGACUGCUGCAGGUCCUAAUGUGUUUAGUUCAAAGAGUCUUGCCCUUCAAGCCCAGAAGAAGAUCCUGAGCAAAAUAGCCAGCAAGACUGUAGCCAACAUGCUGAUUGAUGACACCAGCAGUGAAAUCUUUGAUGAGCUCUACAAAGUCACCGAAGAACACACCCAUAACAAGAAGGAGGCCCACAAGAUCAUGAAAGAUGCAAUCAAGGUGGCCAUCAAAAUCGGUAUCCUCUACCGGAACAAGCAGUUCAGUCAAGAGGAGGUUGUAAUUGUGGAGAAACUCCGGAAGAAGCUGAACCAGACUGCUAUGACCAUGGUCAGUUUCUAUGAAGUAGACUACACCUUCGACACAAACGUGCUGUCUAAGCUGCUGCAUGAGUGCCAGGACCUGGUCCAUGAGCUGGUGCAGCGACAUUUGACACCCAGAAGCCAUGGACGCAUCAACCAUGUCUUCAACCACUUCGCUGAUGUGGAGUUCCUUUCUACUCUCUAUGGUCCACGUGGAAACUGCAGGCCCAAUCUCAAGAGGAUUUGUGAAGGAAUCAAUAAACUGUUGGAUGAGAAGAUCCUCUGACAGGCUUCUCUUCUCCUGGACUUCGCUGCUUUGAAGUUAAAACAUCCAACCUGGUCCGGUAAGAAUCAAGCAGCAAACCUUGUCCAAGAUGCUCUAGUUAUGUCCUCUUCAUCCUUCUGAUGCCAAUUCUAACCCAGACUUAGUGUGUUGACUCCCUGUGCACAGGCAUGAGGUCUCGAGUCUAAAUGAACUAUGUUUGCAAGCCCAAAGAAUAGUCAACGGUUCUAAGCAGGGAGCCUGCUUCCGUGAGCUCAGUUCAUCUUAAAGUGGAAGGCAUCCUGGAUUAGGACACAGAAGACACGGGCUUGGAUAUCAGCCCUGCCACUAUGAACUCUUAUCUUCUGUGUUCUGAAGACGUGAUGCUUCCUGACUACCUCACAGGGCUGUUGUGGGGACUGAAUGGGACAGCUCACAUGCACGGUUUUGUGAAACUGAGACCGGUGACUGUAUAUAAUAAAUAAAUGGGGUAUUAACUAGUCAUAAUUGAUGUGUUUGCUUGUUGUCAGUUGUCAUGGCAUAUUUAAUAAUCACAGUACCCGAGAGGCUGGGGUAUGAGAACUAUGAUUUUUUUUUUGAUAGUCUGAACGAAAGAAUAGGGUUGAGAUAAACCUGGCCUAUAUAGGAAACUCUGAGGAAAUGAAAAUGGAAAAGGAGAGAAAAAAAUAGAAGAAAAGGAAAAAGAAAAGUUCCUUGCCACCUUUGAGAGAAAUGAGAGUCAAGGUGACGUUGUCCCUUUACUCUGCACGUGGACUAAGGACACUUGUUGGGACUGCAGCGAUGACUCUCGGUUUAGGAAGAGCAAUGCUUUCGUUAUUUCCUGGUUUUCUCCGGUUCCUCAGACUCUCCAGUUUCGUCUCCAGCGACAUCUGUUCAACAGCCAUCCACUUCUCAGGCUGCGUUGACUCACUUCCUCACAUGUCUCCCCCUUUCAUUUCAAAGUCUUACAUGAGAAAUGUUGCGUUUGGAUGAGUAGUUUUCAGUUUCCCUAAUGAGAGGAUGAAUUCUGUUUUGCGGAUUUUGAGGAUUCUGCACUAAAAUUUUAUUUAUAAUUGGUCUGUAAUAUUUCUAAGGCUCUGUUGUGGUGUAAAGCUUCAGUAGAUGUAUAUAUUGUAUUAGCAAAUCAAUGUAAUUAGCAUAUCUAUCAUAAAUAUUUAUUUUUUUCUGGCAGGAUUAUUCAGAACCUCCUCCUCUAGCUAUUUAGUAAUAUGUAGCACAUUAUUAUUAGCUCUAACGACCCUGUUAUGAAAUCAAGCAGUAGAAUUUUCCUGGGUAGAUGUAACUGUCAACUUCUCCCAUCUCUUUCCUCCCCUUCUCAUUCUGUAGUAACCGUUGUUCUACUUUUUAUUUCUUAAAGAUCAACUUCUGAAGUAUUUCAUGUGUGUGAAUUACACAGUGUUUGUUCAAUGUCUGUCUCAUUUCACUUCACGUAAAGUUUUGUAAUUUUAUCCAUAUUGCUGCAAAUGUCAGAAUUUUUUUUUACAAUAAAAAACAUUCUGUUCUGUUCAAGUGUCAUUUUUUUCUUCUGCUCAUCUGCUGAUGGUGCUUUGGGUCUAAGCUAUUGCAAAUAUUGCUACUGUAGUAAACAUGGGACGGCCCAUACCUGUUUUCCACAUGACUAUUCCAUUUACUUUGCACAUAUACCCAGUAAUGUGGUUUCUGGGUUAGGUGGUCAUUUUAUUCCUCCCCUCAUAGGGAACAACCACUCUGUUUUCUGCAAUGAUUCUGCUUUAUAUCUACAGCAACAUUAUAUAAAAUUUCCAUUUCCUCCACAUUCCUAUCAAAACAUGUCAUCCUUUGUCUUUUGGGUAUUAUCAUUGUAUCCUCAGAGAAGUAAAAUCUCACUGUGAGUUUGAUGUGUAUUUUCCUAAUAAUUAAUGAUUUUAAUCGUUUUUACAAAUAUUUUGGCUAUCCAUAUGCCUCUUUUUGAGAAAUUUCUAUUCUUACCUUUUCCCUUUUAAAAUUUGGAUUAUGUUUUAAUUUGCCUUUGAGCGAUUUGACGAUGCUAAUAGUGAUAUAGAGUGAAUGAAUAGAGCAGUGCAUGCCGUGGAUGGCAGACCCAGAGAAGUAGGGCUGCCCAGCCACAAUCUCAGUCAGUUCCAGAUGUGGGACAUUGAGCUACCGGAUUUAAUUUCCACUGUGUAACUUUGAUUUUGCUUUGGUUUGAUUGUGCCUGUGCCCUAGUUCUUACCUCUUGGAAUAAGAAAUAUGUAACUUGCUGUGAUUUUAAAGGAGCCCAAACUUUGGAAUUUUAGAGAGACUUUGGGUACUUUAAAAAGAGACUGAAUUUUUAAACACUGUGGGACUUUAAAAGUUAUACCUUGCUUUAUAUUGUGAUAUUGAUAUUAAGAUGAGAUCUCAGGGAUAAGCAAAAAAGGGAAGGCUAUGGAUUAAUAGUAAUAUUUUAGUAUGUCAGUGUUUAGUAUGACAAGGGGUCUGUUGUCUUGGUUGAGUAUCUUGACAUAAGCUAGAGUUUUCUGGGCAGAAGGUUAACUAUGGAGAAAAUGCAAACACCAGAUUAUAGGCAAAGCUCUAUGGUGUUUUCUUGAUCAGUGAUUGAUGUGGAAGGGUCCAGCUCACUGGAAAUGGUGUCGUUCCUGGGUGGACUAUCCAAGGUUGUAUAAAGAAUCAGACUGAGCAAGCCGUGGGGACCAAGUCAGUAAGCAGCCCCCCUGUGGGGCCUCUACCUUCGUUCCCACCUCCAGGCUCCUGCUCUGAGUUUUACACUUAAUUACUUCAUGAAGGACUUUAAUCUGUGAGGAGAAAUAAACCCUUUCCUUCCCAAGUUGCUUUGGGUCAAGAUGUUCUAUCACACCAGUAGAAAGCAAACCAAGAUAACAGGAUAUGGAGCCCUUUGAGUACAUGCUGAGUGUAACUUGAAAUGUGCGCUGGUGGAACUUCCAGGCAAGCUUUUAUGUUCAGGAUUUUGGUUGUCAUGAGUCUUUUGUAUUUUCAUAUAACAUUUAAGGUUUUUUUCUGUAAAGAAUUGCAUUUCAGUUUUGAUAGGAAUUGCAUUCAACCUUUAAGUUGCCUUUUGUGGGAUGGCUGCUUUUGUAGUAUCUGUCCUGCCAAUCCAUGAGCAUGGGAGCUCUUUCCAUCUCCCAUAUAAUCUUCAAUGUCCUUUUUCGGUGUCUUAAAGUUUUCAUUGUACAAGUCUUUCACUUCCUUAGUUAGAUUUAUUCCAUGAUUAACGCUGUUGGAAACUUAAUUGUUUCCUGAUUUCUUUCUCAGUGUGCUCGUCAUUUGUGUAGAGAGAGGCUCUGUAUCUUUUUUUUUUUUUUUAGUGUUAUUUUUGAAUCCUGCUAUUUUGUAACUGUGUUGAUGAGGUGUGGGAUAUUUCUCAUGGACUCUUCAGGGUUUUUUAUGUACAGAAUGGAUCAUCUACAAAUAUGGAUACUUCAAGUCUUUGUAUCCUUUUUAUCACCUUCACUUGUCUUAUUAAGCUAAGGAAGACUUCCAGUAUUCUAUUGACUAGGAGGGGGAGAAAGUGGACAUACUUGAUUUGUCCCUAAUUUUAAAAGAAAUGCCUUGAGUUUCUUCUUGGGCCCCUCCUUCCUUCCUUCAUAAUUCUUCAGUCACACUGGGAUUAAACAAAAUUAAGAAGAGCUCAUUAGCUUGGACUUAAUUUGAUUUUCAGUUUAGCUGUAAUUUGUGGAGGAAGUUGUGAACAGCAAGUUCACCUACUGCAAGUUGGUUUAAGUAAGCUCCCAAACAGCACAGACGUCCAGGUAUCACCAGGUAAUGACUGCAAAAACAGAUGCGAGGUUAGAACCAUUUAAAAAUGCAUUAGGAGAGGCCCCAAGGAAGGGACGACUGGACACUUAGGGAGGGACUUUGCUUUUAUCUACUGCUGAAGUCUUUGGUUUCCAGAAGAGACUCUGUGGGACUAAGAGCCAAUCUGUGAGCAGAGGCAUCAUGCCAACCGCCCGGUGCUGGAGCACUUAGAGUCUAUGAUGAAGCUGGUCCACAACUAUUAGAAGAAGUACAAACUAGAUUCAGCAGCUGCUGCUGAAGUAAAGAAGUGUUGCUAUGGGAUACAGGAGCAAACAACAAAAGCAGACUAUCUCCUCCCCGCUCCCCGCUCAAGCCCUGCAAACUCCCGAACUGUAGAGCUCAACAGGAAACCUGCCAGGGCAGACACAUGGCUCUGGAGUUCUGAUCUCAAUGCCACACAACAGAGUGUGGAAGAGUGGCUUUGGAUCUCGAAACUAAUGAACUGAAUGACCUAGAUACAUGCCUACGUAUAUCAAGUCACUUAGUGCAGUUCAUCAAUUACAUAGUACGUGGAUAACUAACAUAAAUAAACUUAAAAGUUGAGCUCUGUA